CAGGUCUACCAUGCUGUCGUGGUUCAGCUGGGCGACGUGCUGCAUCGCGGCACGGGCCCCAUUAUGCGCGACAUGAACUUGUGCGUGCACAGCAUGUUGGUGCACCGCGUCAAGAGGAACCUCGCCGCGCGGGAGGAAUCGCCUGGCAGUCCGUGGUUCGUGGACAUGGAGUUCGACGAGGGUUGCCCGUGUCGGAACACUUCCGCGCGGCGACCCGCGUUUGGGCCGCGCGUCCCGAUGCCCAAGGGCAUUCGUUUCAUCUCCGAGAGUGCAUGGCGAAGGCCAUCAUAUCCCGCCCCGCGCGCCGAUGCCGCGAUCGGCGAGCCCGCGCAGAACUUCGGGUCGGAUAACCCAGGGCCGUUCCAGCGUGGUUGGGCGGUCUUCCACGGAGAGCAGGAGAAAGCGGCGUCCGAGGCACGGCGAAAGAACCGCCCUGCGGCCGCAGUGCCCAGCCUCUGGCGGACCGUCGAGGCGCGCGGGCGGCUAUUCCAGAUCGGUGCCGUGGGAGAGAACGGCGAGGAGACCGACGACGCGCGCUUGCAGGGGGGGGGGGGCGUCGCUGCCUUCCGCGCGAGAAUGCAUCGCGGCCGUCACGGCGGUGACUUCUUCGAACGUCGAGCGCAUUGCCUGGGCGCGCGCGAGGCCAGGCAGACGAGGGACGCAGCGGCUGCGCCCGAGGUCAUCGCCCACCAUGGACGAGAGGGCGACGGCCAGGCGGGCGGCCAGAUCGAAGUGGCCGCCCUGCGCGCGACGGCUGGCCUGGCCCCACCCGGCUCGGACGCGAG